GGGAGACACUAAUACCCAUUCGACAUGAACCCGGUAACGGCGCUAUACCCUAUUACCGAGAAGGGGACCCGGAAACCAAAAUGUGCUCGCUGUAGGAACCACGGAAUGGUAUCCUGGCUGAAGGGACACAAGCGCCAUUGUAAAUUCAAAGAUUGCAACUGUGCAAAAUGUAGUCUUAUUGCUGAGCGUCAGAGGGUGAUGGCGGCGCAGGUUGCGCUAAAGCGACAACAGGCAGCCGAAGAUGCUAUAGCGUUGGGGCUAAGAUGUGCAACUGAGGGAUCUCUCCCUAUUAUGACCCAAGGACCGCUCUGGGGACCUGGAACAGUGUCUCCUCCUAAAGAAAAAGACUCCAAAAGUCAAGAAAGCGAGACCGAUGAACCAGAAGACAAUUCAAGCGAUGAAAAUGAACCAGCUCAGAAUGGGAGACCGAUUGCAAAGGAUGUGACAAAACCGCGCCAUGAUACGUCAUCACCAGAUUCAACAGAGGAGAAUGAUCCCGUCAAAGUGAAGCCCACGGCACCAACAUCAUAUUCGGUGCAUUCUCUGCUGCCACCAAAUGCAUUUCUUCCUGGCCGUUUAUCGAAUUUAGAAAUACUAGAGAGAAUUUUUCCAUUUCAUAGGAAAUCAGUGUUAGAACUUGUCUUACAAGGUUGUAAUGGAGAUCUGGUGAAGUCAAUUGAACAAUUUUUAUCCAGUCAAGAAACAAUGAUUUCAAACCAAACUCUACCGCAUGUGAAAUCAGACUUCAGACCUCAUCCAUAUUUUCAAUAUGGAUCCGCCAUGAAAUCGUUAAAUGGUAUUACAAGAUUGUCACCCACUGGUUCGGGCUCUGCUUUUACUCCCUUUUCGUCUGCUGGGCCGUUCAAUCCUUCCGGGAUCCACUCGGCCUUUCAAUCUCAUUUAACAAACUUCACAGCAGACACUUUACGGCCAUCUUACAUACAGAGUGUAUCUGGUUCUGUCAGACCCGAUAUUUUCCCGCCAAACAAUCAACUGACGUACCCUCGUUUGCAUCCACUUACGUCAGCACCACUUCCGGGAUUCUUCAGCAGUUCGUUUCCUUUAACACCUUACAGAAUAGAUAUGGGUGACUCCUGCCGUAAGACUCUCACAGAAAAACAUGCAGGAAAAUCCGUGAACACAGAAAAUGGACACGAGCAAGAAAUGUGGGAUGAAGGGUCACGUGACCGAGACAGAGAGUGA